GUGGGAAAGAUUCCUUGGGAAGAUUACACUCACCUUGAUUAUUUCGUUAUAAAAAGCCCUUCUAGCCCUGAAGCUGAAUUAGAAAUCGAAGAUGAAGAAAACUUGAAAGAAUUCGUUAAAGCCGGAAAAUCUCACAAUGUCACCAUCUCACUUACCCUUGGUGGUUGGACUGGCAGUGUUUACUUUAGUUCAUUGGUCUCUAGUGAUUCUAAUCGAAAAUCGUUUGCUAAGAAUAUUGCUAAGACGAUCAAGAAGUAUGGAUUUGAUGGAAUCGAUCUUGAUUGGGAAUAUCCAAAUGUACCAGGUCAAGAUGGAAAUCAAAUCUCGAAAGAUGAUUCGGCCAACUUUUUAAAAUUCCUUCAAGUUUUAAGAAUUGAACUCGGUCCUCAAUCUCGUAUCUCUGCAGCUGUUUCAGUUCAUGGUUUUAUGGGUUCAGAUGGUGAAUAUUUAAAAGAUCAUAAAUCAUACGCAAAAGUAUUGGAUUUUAUUACUAUCAUGGCUUACGAUCUCUAUGGUCCCUCUAGUACGCCUGUGGUAGGUCCAAACGCACCUCUCUUCGAUACUUGCAAUGAUCCUGGUAUGAAGUAUUCAGUCGAUCAAGCCAUUCAAACUUGGACUUCAACCGGUUUUCCAGCUUCUCAAAUCCUUUUAGGAAUCCCAAGUUAUGGUUAUCAAUAUCAACUUGAGACUUCAAAGUUAAAUGUCACUCAUUUUUCUGACAAAACUGAUCAAACUAGUUUAUUCUUUGGUUCUAUUGACCAAUCUAAACAGGGAAAAGGAGCCAAGAAUGGACAACAAACCCCUACAAGCUGUGGAAGCCCUACUGAUGAUGGUAAUUUUGUUUUUAAAGACUUGAUGACUUGUGGAUUCCUUUCUUCAGAUGGUACGACUGGUCUUAAUGGCUUCGAAAGACACUAUGAUAAUUGCACACAUACCCCACUUCUCUUCAAUCCAACCAGUAAGCUUUUGAUUGCAUAUGAUGAUCAAGACUCAUUAGCUGAAAAAACAAAAUUUGCGAAAUCUAAAGGAUUAGCUGGAAUAAAUAUCUUUGAUGCUGCUGGUGACACUCAAUCUAAAUUAUUAUUAAAAUCUAUCAAAAAAGCCUUAUACUCUUAA